UCAUCCCACCCUCACCGUCGACACCUUUGGCCCCUCAUGCUCUGGUCAUCCUCAGACUUGAACACCGGCGGAGAUUACGAUCGGUGAAGUAUCGACCUCGCGAUCGGUGAAGUAUCGACCUCGCGAUCGGUGAAGAAACAGCAAUUUCAUUCGAUGUGACCUUUUGACUACGAUUCUCCAACUCGUCGCCGAUAAACUUACCAAUCUCCGCACUUCCCCAAUCUCAAAACAUCUGCGGGCACUUUCAGCAUAACUCUGCCUUCUGAAAUCCGACAAGAAAUCGAAGAUGAAAACCCGAUUACUGACCAAAACACUUCCUGGUAAUCAUUCUUUCCUUUCUCUCGUCGAAAUUUUCACAACCCAAUUUCGUUAUUACGCUUCUAUGGCGAUAAGUGGUGAAAAUUCUGUUGCCAAUUUGGAGAAAUUGAUCCAAACAAAAUGUAAAUCCAGAAACCUAACAGUAGAAGAAGCUUUGGGUUUCUUCAAUUCCUUGAUUGAAAUGCGACCCAUGCCCUCUAUUUGGGCUUUCAAUCAAUUGCUUGGCUCUCUCUCCAACAUGAAACAUUAUUCCAUUGUUGUUUCUAUGUAUAGGGAGAUAAUGGAUUGUGAUUAUAUUAGUCCUGAAGUGGGUACAUUGAAUAUUGUCAUCAAAUGUUUGUGUCGUAUGAAGAAGGUUAAAUUUGGUUUCUCUGUUUUAGCAACUAUGCUUAAAAGUGGUCUUGAGUACGAUGCUCCUACGAUGAAUACUCUGCUCCAUGGGCUUUGUACCGAAGGCUCGAUGGUGGCGGCGAUGGAUUUGUUUGAUAAAAUAGUUGAGAUGGAAAACUUGUGUAAUUUCCUUACUUACACGACCGUCAUUAAUGGGUUUUGUAACGCUGGAGAAACUUCAAAGGCGCUUGAGCUACUUAAGCAAAUGCAAGAAGAUCGGAGGAUUACACCCGUUGUAUAUUGUUUCAUACCAAUCAUUGACCGCCUUUGUAAAGAAAGACGAGUGGAUGAGGCCCUCGGCAUGUUUGAAGAUAUGAUCAAUCAUGGUGUUCGGCCAAAUGUUGUUUGUUAUAAUUCUUUAAUUCACGGAUUAAGCAAAUCGGGUCGUUGGGAAGAAGUCGAGAGAUUGUUAAUCCAGAUGAUUGAUUGCCGAAUCUCACCUGAUACAUUUACUUACACCGCAUUAAUUGAUUCUGUUUUGAAGGAAGAAAAAUCUCAAGAAGCAAUUAGAUUGUUCGAGUUGAUGACUAGUAAAGGUGUAGAGCCUAAUGUUGUGACAUUCAAUUCUUUGAUUUCUAAUUUGUGCAAGUCUGGUCAAUGGAAAGAAGUGACACGAUUCUUGGAAAAAAUGGCGGGUUACGGAAUCUCUCCUGAUAUUUUCACGUUGAAUGCUGUGUUGGAUGCUCGCUGCAAGGAAGGAAGCAUUGCAGAGGUGCUUUAUCUUGUGGAAGAAAUAACUGAUAGAGGUGUAUUGCCUGAUGUGAUUACCUGCGACUCCUUACUUAUUGGAUUGUGUUGUUUUGGUAAAUUGGAAGAAGCUAAGAAAUUGUUUGAUGUCAAGCCCAGUUGGAAAAUUUUUCCUGAUAUUAGAACUCUGAACAUCAUUUUGAAUGCUCUGAUUAAUGAAGGUAUGAUAGAGAAAGCUGAAAAAUUAUUCGAGGCAAUGAUUGAACAAGGCAAAGAGUUCAAUACGACAACCUACAGCACCUUGAUUAAGGGAUAUUGUCUUCAAGGUAGAAUGCAUGAAGCCGAAGAGGUCUUUGAUCUCAUGGCGAUAAAAGGUGUUCUUCCUGAUACGAUUUUGUAUAACACCUUGAUUUAUGGUUACAUAAAGGUUAAAAGAGUUGAUGUCGCUCUCAAGCUUCUCAAGGACAUGAUCCAGAAAGGACUAGUGCCUAAUUAUGUGACACGGAAGAUUUUGAAAAGCAUUCAUGCUCUUAAGCUUGAAGCAUCCAUACAGUAAUUGUCAAUGGGGGUGAGGUUAAGAUUUGAUCAUUUACAUUUUUAUAUACUACUGAGGACGUAUUAGAUCUAGUCCCUUUUUAAGGCGUUGAGUUCAUGCACGAACACGAAGUUUAACAUAGUUUUGCAUGCUAUUCUUUUAUAGUGGUUAUUUUUGGCUAAGUAAAUAUGCAAAGGGAUUUUAUAACAUGAUCAGGUACCAGAAUUUGGAAUUUGAGCAGGCUUUGAUAUUUCUGGCUUCACUAGAUUGAAUG